AUGACAGUUAAGUACCAAACUUCGACGGAGACAACUAUGGACAUAGAUGAUGGAAAUCUUGGCAACAAGCACCUUUUCAUGGAUGGCAGCAAGUUUCAAAAUUUUGUGCAUGCACUGAGAAACAGCCCUGUUAGGGUUGCUGCGCUUGCCCUUGGGUUUCUGUGUGUAGUCCUGGUGGCUGGUCUCAUUGGUCAGUCUGUCCACUGCCGGAAAGUGGGCAAUGAGAAUCAGAACAAGUUCGAAGCUGUUACAGGGGAGAUGGACAAUCUACAGUCUAACCUGAAGACUGCACAGAAUGAGAAAAAGAAUCUGGAAAUCACUCAUGACCAUUUACAACAAAAUUACAAUAAUACGUCUAACUCAAAAUAUCAAAUGAAUAACACAAACAGCCAAAUAUCAGAGGAAGUAAUCAAACUUAAACAGAGUGAAAGCACACUGCAAGCCAGUAACACUGCUCUGAGCAAAGAACUUGAAGAGCUUAAGGCCAGCAAGGAGAAGUGUCAGACUAAUAACGAAGCCUUGUCGACAGCUAAAGACUCACUUCAAACGAAGUAUGAUUCAAUUGCCAGGAGCAAAAAUGACUUACAGGCCAACUUUGACACAGUGACAAAAGAGAGGGACAAUUUGCAGAACCAAUUUAAUAAUGCAACAAGGUCAAAAGAGAAGCUGCAAAACGAUUAUAACAGUCUGAUCAAGGAUAUUGAGCACCUAGAGGAAAGGUAUCGUGCCUCUUCCAGUGAGAGAGACAGCAUUGCAAGCAGUCACCAAAAUCUGACAAUGGAGAAAGAAAAUCUACAGGCCACGUACACCACACUUUCCAAAGCCACUGACAAAUUAUUGGCGUCCUACAAUUCUGUAAUUGAGGAGAAGAAAUAUCUUGAAAGCUGCUUGAAAAAUGUGACUGCAGAGAGAGACCUGCAGAGUGUGGAAAUCAGCAGCAUGAGUUCUGUGGUUGACCAUCUGCGAGCCACCGUCACAAGACUGAACACAACUACGAAAGUCUGUCCAAGUAACUGGAAGAAGUUUGACACAAGUUGCUACUUUGCUUCUAAAACCAAAGACACAUGGUACUCGAGCAGAGAUUUCUGUAAAAACAAAAAAGCACAUCUGGUCAUUAUAAACAGUCAUGAGGAAAUGAAAUUUGUCAAUAACUUGUUUUCAAGUCCUGGUAUCGAAAAAAUCUGGAUUGGCUUGACUGAUCAGGGAGUUGAAGGUCACUGGGUGUGGAUGGAUGGGACCCCAUUGUCCCUACAGUUUUGGGCUGUUGGCCAACCGAACAGGUACAGUGACAACCAGGACUGUGGAGAGUUUUGGUACCGUUCUUCAGGAAAUGCCGAGUGGAAUGAUGCAAACUGUAGUUCAUAUAGAUAUUGGGUUUGUGAGAUGUAG